AUCCUUGCUUGUCAGAACCAUGAUGAGAACGCAGAGAGGCAGUGGACAGGGGAGAUCUACCUUUUUAGCUCAGCCUAAUUGAGAUAGGUUUACGUUUAACUGUAAAGACGCGUUGAUAUGAACAGCUCCGAAAGCCAAUGUUAACUUUCGGAUAGUACCGUUUGCUAGACAGUCUAGCGUUUCGUGGGCUGGCUUUUAGCUUAGUUACUGGCGUUCUUCGGUGGAAAUAGCAAAAAUGUCGUCGCCAAGUCCGGGUAAAAGGCGAAUGGAUACCGAUGUGGUGAAACUCAUUGAGAGCAAGCAUGAAGUCACCAUCCUCAGUGGCCUCAAUGAAUUUGUAGUGAAGUUUUUUGGACCACAAGGAACGCCGUAUGAGGGAGGAGUGUGGAAAGUACGAGUAGAUCUUCCUGAUAAAUACCCAUUCAAAUCACCUUCAAUAGGAUUCAUGAACAAGAUUUUUCAUCCCAACAUUGAUGAAGCGUCAGGAACGGUGUGCUUAGAUGUCAUUAACCAGACAUGGACAGCACUUUACGAUCUGACCAACAUCUUUGAGUCGUUUCUGCCCCAACUGCUUGCUUACCCAAACCCCAUCGACCCCCUGAACGGCGACGCAGCAGCCAUGUACCUCCAUCGGCCUGAGGAGUACAAGCAGAAAAUCAAAGAGUACAUCCAGAAAUAUGCAACAGAGGAAGCUCUGAAGGAGCAGGAAGAGGGAGCAGGCGAUUCUUCAUCUGAAAGCUCCAUGUCUGAUUUCUCAGAAGAUGAGGCCCAGGACAUGGAGUUGUAGUAAUUGGAGAGCUGCCCCCCGCCCCUCAUCCUACGCCCUCCUUUAACCCCUACAGAGACUAUAUUUGAUUUCCUAACCAUGAGAAAGCAGACUUAUGAAAUUCAUAUUUAAACAAGUUGAUUUUUUUAUUAUUAUUGUUACUACUAAACAAGGAUUUUUAUGGAUAUAUAGCCUUUGGUGUGUUUGACAGACACCCUUCCCGCUCUGUAGCUGUCCACCCCCACACAGAUAUUGUAGCGAUGGCUCCGCGUUUCAUCUCUGCCUUAGUUUGAGCUCUGAAAAUACCACAAGCAUCUCGGUACCUGCAAGGUUUCAGAUUUUUAAAGUAGUUUCCACCAACAUGAUGGUAGUUGCUCCAGCUCAGAGCUGCUUAAGUCUGGCGUGCAUCGCUGCAGCGCCAUCCUUUACUCCAGACAGUAUUUUUUUUUUUUUAUCUGAACCUGUUGUGAAGAGGGCAAAGCUAACUUGUAAUUUUCAAAGAAUCCAGCUCCCCACUUCCUCUCUGCUGUGCUUCAGCCCCGCCUUCUGGUAAGCAGCCAUGGCUGCUGUGGAACUGGUGAGCCGAUGGUGUUUUCUUCAAGAAGCACUGGAAGGAACCUCCUUUUUUUUUUUUUUUUUUUUUAUUGAACAUCGACUUUAUUCAAGUUUAUCCAAGUUCUGCUUUUAGUUACAUCGUCACACACACCGCGCAUCUUUACACACCUAGGAAAUAAAAAUGCCAACGAACACUCGUUCUACCUGAAUCCAUACUGAGCAUAUCUUUAAAUAAAUGCACAACCCCAAACAUGUUCGUUGUUACAUUUACUCAUCCUUCUCCCAACUUCUACCACUGUGUGGUGACAGACAAACAAAACAUGGAUGCUGCGAACAGGCACCUCAGACUCAUGUGGCUACGUACAAUAAAUGAAUGAGAGGCACCAAACUUUAUCUGGAUGCACUGAUCCUCCUACUUUUUUUUUUUUUUCUUCUUCCUUUAAAUAAAUUUCUGUUAGUAGUUUUAGCCAAAAACAAAGUUUGUGCCUCUUAAAGUAUAUUUAAAAAAAACGAUUGUCAAAUGGGUCUGAUUAAAGAAAAAGGAAAAAAAAGUCAUUUGUGGGUAAUAUUCUGCUGCUGCCCCUCACAUCCUGCCGUUUGGAGCAGUGGAUGCUCGCUUUGCAUCAUCUGAGAGAUCCAACCUGCCUAUAUAAUAGACUGGACUUCUAUUCUGUCUGCUAAUCUGAAUCAUUUAGCAAAAAUGACAAACCAAAAGCUAUAUUUGUCCUUAGGAAGUCAUUUCCUAAUGUGCAGAAUUGUCUUCCUGAUUAAAAUGCCAUUUAUUGUGCGGCAAGUGAGGAUUUUAAAAGAAAAGCGUUGCAGUCGCUGGUUUAAGUAGUUCAAAAAAAAAUGUGUUAAAGCCAAAGUGUGAUGCGAUUGACAGCAAGAAUAGCAGAUGGACUGCCUGGAAAGUAAUUGACUUACCUCAUAGGAUGCAGUAGAAAUCACUGGUUGUUUAACCACAAUGUGUUUAUUCCUAAACAGAAGGUCCAAAAACCAAAUCAUGCCCCCCUCCCCUUUUUUUUUUGCUUUUAAUCAUAAAUUAAUCUCUACAUGCAAGAUUGUUGUGCAAUGUGUGCUUUGGAUUUGUUGGACCUUUACAGGAUCUUGCUUAGUGGCAAACCUUUUCAUCUAAAGGGUGGAAAUGAUGCAAAGCCGUUUGUUGGUUUUGGAUGAAUGUGCAUCAUCUUCCAUUGUUUAGCAUGCCUAUCUGAUGACUUAACAUCCAACAUUUGGCUCAUUUUUUUUGUCUUUACCUGUGAGACACCACAUUGAAAGGCCAGGUUGUCCUCUGCGAUCAGAAACGGCGCCGAUUAGCAUCUGGUUUCAUACGUCGGCGAUGCCCAACUACUGAAAUCACAAGUGUGGCUCAGCCUUUUUUCCCAGGAUUAGACCCGUCUCUGUGGGCAUGUUUUACAGCAGUUCUGUUCCAGGAUUUAUAUGCAAACUGGCUAGUUUUUUUGUUCUUGUUUUUCAUUUGAGCAGUACAGAUCUGCUAAAAAGAAAGCAACCUUUCAAUUUUUUAAGAUGUUCAACAAAACCCAGAGAUGCAUUCCCCGUUCCUUUCUAACUGACUUGUUUUUUUUUGAGCUGCUUAUACACUAUUUUCCUGUGUUUUUCAUUUUGAUUGUGAAGAACCUCUCUUUUAUCCAGCUGUUUUCAGUUCAAGUAUUACACUGUUGUAGGAUUUACAUAUAUAUUUUUUGUUGUUGCUUCUUUUGCAAAUCCCUAAAGAAAUCCUGUUUUUAAUUUGUUGCUGAAUUUUAUUUUGUUACACAAAAUAUGAUAUAUUCACGCUGAGAAUUCUAAUAAUAAAAAUGACAUUCUGGUAUGUUUGUGCAUUUUUCCCCUCUCUAAAAAAAAAAAAGUUGUUUGCAGAAAAACGGAUCUCUUAAUCUAAUAAAUAAAUUAAGUAAACCCUUUUUUGCGACUGUGCCCAGUAUUGGAGAUCUAUUAUUUGAAUUUCCACUUGUUUAAACUUAUAAAUCUGUCUUUCAAGUUGGUAUAAUAAAGAGUGCACUUGUUUAUUUAGCAGCUGGAUUCUUUUUGAAGAAAUGAUUUUCUUUUGUUUAUCUUUGAUCUUAUUGUCUUCCCUUCAAAUCUCUGCUUUUCGGUCAGAUUUACAGAUUAUAUUUUAGCUGUAUUCUUCUCCUAAAUGUCCAACGGGAUUUCAUAUUUAAUAAGGCUAAUUUUAACGAUCCUGCAGACCAACUGGUGGAAAGGAAAAGGCCCCUUCGCCUGCACAUACUGCUGGAUAAAUGGAUGGAGGACUUGAGGAUAGACUGAUGCUCUGGACUAUCAUGAAUCACAGACGGGACAUCCAAAGGUCACUCCAUUUUUCUUAUCAGCUCAUCUAAAAACAGAGGAUCCCUUGCCCACUUUUUGACUGUUUCCUUGGGCAGAAGCAUGGUCCAGUUUAGGGGCUCGCUCCUGCACACCUCCCAUUCUGUCUUGUGCUUGUGUGGAUGUGUUGCCUUCUGCCGGCACACACGUAUGCUAUCAGGCCAUUUAGCAAGCACACUCAGUUGUGGAACAUUGUGGUUCUUUUUUUGUUUUUUUUUUUAAUUAUGUAUUUGGUACCUGUUGUGCGACACUUGAAAGUUCAAAAAAUUUUGUUUUGUUUGUUUUGGAAAAGUUUAUUCUAAGUUCAUCAUCAUCACUUCCUUCCUGGUUUUCUUUUCAGUGUAAGGUGGGCAUGUUUGUCACAAUGACAUGCUCUGCUAACAUGCUUAUAAUCUCCUAGAUAGUUGUGUAUAAAAUAAACUGUUAUAACUUUUUUUAUAAUAAAAUAUUCAAUGUCUUCA